CCCGCCGCGCCGGCCCCUGCGCCGCGGCCCCGCCCUCGCGCUUUCCUCGGGCUCCCGGGCCCGCUCCCGCUCAGGCUCCACUCGACCCGCUCGGGCCUCGGCUACUCGGGCUGCGGCGGAAGAUGGCGGCUCCGGCUCCGGCCCCCGGCCCUGAGGCGGCGCUGGCCGCUGCCCUGGCGGACGUGCCCGAGCUGGGCAGACUUCUGGAGAUUGACCCGUACCUGAAGCCCUUCGCCCAGGACUUCCAGCGCAGGUAUAAGCGGUUUAACCAGACUUUGAACAACAUUGGAGAGAACGAAGGUGGCAUCGAUAAGUUCUCCAGAGGCUAUGAAUCCUUUGGGGUCCACAGAUGUGCGGAUGGUGGUUUAUACUGCAAGGAAUGGGCCCCUGGAGCAGAAGGGGUUUUUCUUACUGGAGAUUUCAAUGAUUGGAAUCCAUUUUCAUACCCAUAUAAAAAACUGGAGUAUGGGAAAUGGGAGCUGUAUAUACCACCAAAGCAGGAUAAAUCUGUAAUACCUCAUGGAUCCAAAUUAAAGGUAGUUAUUAGGAGUAAAAGUGGAGAGAUUUUGUAUCGUAUUUCACCAUGGGCGAAGUAUGUGGCUCGUGAAGGUGAUAAAGUGAAUUAUGAUUGGAUACACUGGGAUCCCGAACACACAUAUAAAUUUAAGCAUUCCAGACCAAAGAAGCCAAGAGGUAUAAGAAUUUAUGAGUCUCAUGUGGGAAUUUCUUCCCCUGAAGGAAAAGUAGCUUCUUAUAAACAUUUUACAUGUAAUAUACUACCAAGAAUCAAAGACCUUGGAUACAACUCCAUUCAAUUGAUGGCGAUCAUGGAGCAUGCUUAUUAUGCCAGUUUUGGUUACCAAAUCACAAGCUUCUUUGCAGCUUCGAGCCGUUAUGGAACUCCUGAAGAGCUAAAAGAACUGGUUGACACAGCUCACUCGAUGGGUAUUACAGUCCUCUUAGAUAUAGUACACAGCCAUGCUUCAAAAAAUUCAGAGGAUGGAUUGAAUAUGUUUGAUGGGACAGAUUCCUGUUAUUUUCAUUCUGGACCUAGAGGGAAUCAUGAUCUUUGGGAUAGUCGAUUGUUUGCCUACUCCAGCUGGGAAGUUUUAAGAUUCCUUCUAUCAAAUAUAAGAUGGUGGUUGGAAGAAUAUGGCUUUGAUGGGUUUCGUUUUGAUGGUAUUACAUCCAUGCUCUAUCAUCACCAUGGAAUGGGUCAAGGCUUUUCAGGUGAUUAUCAUGAAUAUUUUGGACUACAAGUAGAUGAAGAUGCCUUGAUUUAUCUUAUGCUGGCAAAUCAUUUGGUUCACAUGUUGUAUCCAGAUUCUAUAACAAUAGCUGAGGAUGUAUCAGGAAUGCCAGCUCUAUGUUGUCCAAUUUCCCAGGGAGGUUGUGGCUUUGACUAUCGAUUAGCCAUGGCAAUUCCAGACAAAUGGAUUAAGCUACUUAAAGAGUUUAAAGAUGAAGAUUGGAAUAUGGGCGACAUAGUGCACACACUCACAAACAGACGCUACCUUGAAAAGUGCAUUGCUUAUGCAGAGAGCCAUGAUCAGGCACUCGUUGGGGAUAAGACACUGGCAUUUUGGUUGAUGGAUGCUGAAAUGUAUACCAACAUGAGUGUUCUGACCCCUUUUACUCCAGUUAUUGAUCGUGGAAUACAGCUUCAUAAAAUGAUUCGACUCAUUACUCAUGCCCUUGGCGGAGAAGGCUAUCUCAACUUUAUGGGUAACGAAUUUGGACAUCCUGAAUGGUUAGACUUCCCAAGAAAAGGAAAUAAUGAGAGUUACCAUUAUGCCAGAAGGCAGUUUCAUUUAACUGAUGAUGAACUUCUUCGCUAUAAAUUUUUAAAUAACUUUGACAGGGAUAUGAAUAAAUUGGAAGAAAGAUGUGGUUGGCUCUCAGCGCCACAGGCCUAUGUGAGUGAAAAGCAUGAAGCCAAUAAGGUCAUCGCCUUUGAGAGAGCAGAUCUUCUCUUUAUUUUCAACUUCCAUCCAAGCAAGAGCUACACCGAUUACCGAGUUGGAACAAAAUCUCUGGGAAAAUUCAAAAUUGUGCUCGAUUCAGAUGAGGCAGAAUACGGAGGACACCAGAGAUUGGACCACGGUACAGAUUUCUUUUCUGAGGCUUUCCAACAUAAUGGGCUUCCCCAUUCUCUCUUGGUGUACAUUCCAAGCCGAGUGGCCCUCAUCCUUCAGAAUGUGGAUCUGCCCAACUGAAGAGCCCGGAUUUCAGCUCCGCCAGGGAAAGAUGUGUGUUUUGUUUUCCUGUUCUCAUUGUCACGUAGUUUAAAAUGUGGAAGCUCUACAAAUACAGUGCCUAGCCAAAACGUCAGAUGUCUGAAAUUAAAAAUUGGUUUAUGCAAAUGAAUGUCAAACUUUUCUUGAAGAAGUAGAAGGGAAAUUUCAGGCAUUUUAGACUAUAUUUUCCAGAUAUCUAAGCAGCUAGAAUUCUUAAAUGAAGUAUUAUAUAUCAUGUCUUAAAACAACAUUACUUUCCUGGUCAGUUAUUUGAUGCUUUUAAAUUCUAAUUUGAAUCAUGUGUCAUGCAUGAUCAUGUUUCUGGUGGAUGAUCCAGUAUUUUCUUAAGAUGGAUAUUUGGAGGCUUUACUUGUUCUAUUAUCUCUUGGUCUAACUUAAGGGGUACUGAGAUUGUCACUAUGUUUUUUUCAAACUACCUUUAGAAAUAAUGUAAUAAAUAUGUAGCCAUACUAUAAAAUUAAGAAGUAUUAUAGGUAAUAUAAAAGUCAUUAUCUAUGAACUUAUCCAUGCUUCAUUCUCAUAAGUGCUUUUAGUUUUGUGAUCUCUUGUUCACUUAGUAUUUUGGUAGAUGCUGAUAUUCAGUCUUUCUGAAGGUUGUAACAUUUCAGAAAAUGUCUUUUACUUUCAACAAAUAAAAAAUAAUUGCAAGAUUGCCUUUUCUAAUGUUUAUUUUGCUGAACUAGUAUGGGGGUUGAUUUAGAACAAAUAUUAAAAUGCCUAUCUCACUUCUGAUAUCUUCCCCAUGAAUAUGCACAUGUGUAUGACAGACUAGGCCUGAGGGUUAAUAACAUUGUUUCAUUAGGUACUAUUUUGUAACUUGAAUUAUAUUAACCAACUCAGAUAUCUCAGCUACUCUCCAACUGUAAACCUGUGCACUGAAUUAACUAUCUUGACUCUGUGGGAUACCCAGUCAUGAAAUUACUCCUCCGUAUGAAAUAGUAGGCCACAGAUUUCAAGUCAUUGAUGGGUAAUUCAUUCAUAACUAAGAAAUUACAGUGUACUUAUCAGACAUAAAGUGUCUAUUACUUUUUUAAAGAUCUAAUUUUUUUCCCUUUCAAUUAGUACUGACUGCUUCUUUUUGUUGUUGUUUUUAGUCUGAUUAUCUGUGGCUAGUAAGGAGUACGUAGCAGUGUUUCUAUUAAAAACUGGGUCAGUAAUAGAAGAGAUUGGCAAAAGAAGCUCAGAGCUAAACCUAUAUGUUAACCAUCUUCCUCAUAACUUGUUUCAAUAAAGCCUUGAAUCUA